AUGAAGGAAUCCGAAUCAGUUUCGGAUUAUAUUUCAAGAGCCUUGGCGGUUGUCAAUCAAAUGAAGAGAUAUGGUGAAGAGUUGAAUGAUGAUAGGGUCGUUGGAAAAAUAUUACGAUCCCUAGAUUCAAAAUUUAAUUAUAUUGUUGCCAUUGAAGAGUCCAAGGACUUGGACACCAUGACCAUAGAAGAACUCACGGGUUCUUUGCAAGCACAUGAAGAAAAGUUGAAAAAACUGAAACUAGAGUCGGUUGAACAAGCUUUGCAAGCAAAACUUUCUUCAAAGGAGAAAGAUGAAAAGUGUGGCUCACAACAAAGAGGUCGUGGGCGUGGAAGAGGUCGUGGAGGAAGAGGUGGUAGUCAACCUCCGACCAAAGAAAAUAGAGUCAAGACUCCAACCAAGGAAGAGGCCGCGGAAGAGGUAGAUGAUGGAGGUCAAAUCAAGGAAGAUGAAGAUGACACUUUACUCAUGGCAUGUAAAGAAGAAGAAAGUGUAGAAAGAAAUAAAUGGUACCUUGAUUCCGGUGCAAGCAGCCAUAUUUGGGGGAAGAAGCAUUUAUUUGCUGAGUUUGAUUAA